AUGGACAUCAUAGAUAAACCAGAGCGUAUCUACAACAUUGACGAAAAAGGGUGCAGGUUGUGCGUUAACCACCAGCAAAAAGUUUUGGCUCAAAAAAGUUCAAGAAGGAUUCAUUUCAUAGGAAAUGAGCAUGGUGAAAAUGUGACCAUCGUGUCGUGUGGUAACGCUUUGGGCGUGACCAUUCCUCCAGUUAUUUUAUUUAUAGGGAAACGCAUGAAACGAGAAUGGAAAGACGCUUUACCACCAGGAUCCGAUGCAUUUAUGACUACAAAAGGAUCUAUGACAGUAUCAACUUUUUGUAGUUGGCUAGAACAUUUUGCCAAAUAUAAAGUUGCGGGUCCCUGCCUUCUUAUUUUUGACGGAGCGAAAUGUCAUCUUGAAUACAGCAUCGUUGAGAAAGCAGCCGAGUUCGAUAUAACGUUGUAUUGUCUACCCAGUAAUACUACCCAUGAAUUACAGCCCAUGGAUAAGGCGGUGUUCAGGCCAUUUGAGUAUUAUUGGGACGAAGAGGUCUUAAAAUACUUAUCUGUUCACAGAGGUCAGUUUAUUACAAAACAAAGAUUUGGAAUGAUUUUUUCGAAAGUUUGGGAUAAAGCAUUAACCCCAGCAAAUAUUAAAUCAGGUCUUGCUGCAACAGGGAUCUACCCUUUCAACAAGGAUGUAAUUCCUGAAACUGCCUAUGCUCCGAGCACAGUUCGAUGCAGCCAUCCCAGAUCAACCCUCAAGUCCCAGACCUUCUACAUCCGGUCUCCAAAACAAAACUGCGAAAAAACAAUCCUCAAAUCCCAGAUCUUCCACAUCCGGCCUUCAAAACAAAACCGCGAACAAACGCCGAGACUCAUCCGAUGA